CCGCCAUCUACUCUGGUUAAUGGCUCCGGUUCCUGUUUAAUCGAGAGCGAGGAGAGAGAGAAAGAGGAAACCGAGCAAGGGGAUGAGAAUCCAUUUCCCAAGAGCAGAGACUCUAUUUGGAAUCGUCCUGUGCCUCUAGAGGAGUUGUGAAUGAUGAUGUCAAAGAUGAGCGAGCACAUUGAACAGAUCAAUGAGAUGAUCCGUGAGUUCAGGGGUUCACCAUCGUCUUCAGAUUCGGAAAGUGAGAAGCCUUCUUCUCACAAUUCACGGAAGAAGCAUUUAUUUGGGAGGAAGGAACCAAUCCAUGCCUUACUCGGAGGAGGAAAGUCCGCUGAUAUUAUUCUAUGGAGGAACAAGCAAUUGUCUGGAAGCAUACUUGCUGGAGUUACUGUCAUAUGGCUUCUUUUCGAAUGGAUUGGAUAUCAUCUAUUGACUUUUAUCUGCCACUCUCUUAUACUUACAUUGGUUGUGUGUUUCCUUUGGUCUAGUACAGCAUCUUUUGUCAAUAGGUCUCCACCAAAAUUUCCUGAAAUUAUUAUACCUGAGGAUGCAUUCUUAUGGAUAGCGCAUGUGGUAAGACAUGAAAUGAAUGAAGCAUUUGCAACUUUUCGAUAUGUCGCUUCCGGGAAGGACUUAAAGAAUUUUUUGAAGGUGAUUGGAGGUCUGUGGAUCGCAUCAAUAGUGGGUAACUGGUUCAGUUUCUUGACGCUUAUAUACAUCGUCUUUAUGCUUGUGUAUACGGCUCCAGUCCUGUAUGAGAAGUAUGAAGACCAUGUCGACGCAGCUGCUCAGAAGGCGAUCCGUAAAAUUAACAAGCACUACGCAGUCCUCAACAGAAAGGUACUGCAGAAACUUUCAGGGGCACCUUGUUCCAGCAAGAAGCAGAACUGAGUCAAUCUCUUCGACGUCUUUUUUACAACGAGUAAUCUUCAGAACAAAUGUGUAGAUUGCAUUACAGGCUAUUGUUUGCAUAGAGAUUGUUAGUAGAUGCUUGAUUUCAAGCAAAUGCAUUCUUUCAACUUUCAGUUGCAUUCUUUUAUUUCUUCACAAAAGAAGACAUCGUUCCUUUGAAUUCAGACGUGAGUUUA